AGUGGUUGCAAGAUGGCUACAAGUGAUAAUGGCAUAGAUGAUGGUGUCUUGUUUGGUGGAGUGGAAUGGAGCAGCUCUCCCGUUACCUUCCAUUGGAAAAAGGGGUUUAAUGUUGAGCUAACAGAGAGCAACACAGUAGCCACUAGGACUAAGAGCCACAACAAUGGUGUAGUGUUCACCAGUAAGCCAAUGGUUGCUGGACAUAUGCUCAAGGUCACUAUGACAGAGAAAGAGAAGGAACUUUGGGGUGGUGGAAUGGAUAUAGGUUUCACUGGAGAGAACCCGGAGAACUCGACAUGGCGUUAUGAAUUGAGAUGGCAGAAUAAGGACAAGCAUUUACUGUAUACUUGCACCACUUCUCUCCAUUACAAGGACAAGAAACUCUGUAAACUGGGUUUCUACACUCGUGAUUUGGAAGUGGGUGAUUCCCUAGGAAUGUUGCUGACGCUGAAGAAGGAGGUCCACUGGUUUGUGAAUGAUGUGUGGAGAGGGUCUGUACGUGUGGAGGACUACCCCCUGGACACACCUAUGUGGGGGGUCGUGGACGUGUAUGAACGAUGUAAACAAGUCAAGGCAGAGAUUUGCACUGUGUCCAGGUACAACCCUGACUCAGAGAGGAGGCUGAGAGAGAUGGGACUAGUACAGGAUGCAAGACCUCAAGUUGCGGGAACCCAGUCAUUCUUUGCAAAAAUGCUAGAAAGGAUUGGAUCAAAUAAUUCACAAGAUAAUGUCUCAACCCUACGUUCAGAAAAUGGUCAGCUUCAACAACAACUAACAAGAGCUAACGAUCAGCUCACACAAUCACGCUCAGGCAUUCAACAAUUUCAACUGUUGGUGGAAGAAAAAGGCCAAGAAAUCACUCAACUACGGCAGCAACUACUAACAAAUCCUAAUAACCAACGACAACGAUCUGACACAGAGAACCAACAGCUGAUAGGGACCCUCAUAGAACAAGUGGACGUCCUCCAACGAAGAGUGGCCUCUCUCUCAGUCACCAAUCGUAGCAGCCACCCUCAGGAGGUGGAGUUCUGGCAGGUGUCUCCAGAGGAGGUGUCUAUUAGAGAGGACGAGAUUCUUGGCCGAGGGGCCUGGGUCUACGUUGCCAAGAGAACCUUUAGAGGAACAACGAUGGCCGUCAAACGAGUGUAUCCUGAAAUCCUACGAUUGACUACGAUGGAUCGAAUUCGUCGUGAGAUUCGCACCAUGGCUCAGAUCCGCCACCCCAACCUUGUCCUCUUUGUUGCUGCCGUCCUCAACGAGAAAACAGGUCCCAUGAUUGUCACAGAGCUCCUGGAUACCUCUCUACGUUCUGCCUACCAAGACAAUCGUGUUGGUCCCAACAAGCGAAGAAUCUUUGGAGACAUUUCCUCAGCUCUGGUUUAUCUCCACCGACAGAGGGAACCCAUCAUCCACAGAAAUGUGAGCUCUGCUAAUGUCCUCCUUCUCUCUCUACCCAACAACAAAUGGCUUGCCAAACUCUCUGACUUUGGAUCAGCCAACCUAGCUCGAGAUGCCACUACUCCUGGAGAAGGUGCUAUCCUGUACACUGCCCCUGAGGCCUAUCCUCAUCCACCUACGUCAUCUCAACCACCACCACAACAGACGACAAAGAUCGAUGUGUACAGUUUUGGAGUGCUUGCUUGUGAAGUGGUAACUCGAAUAUUUCCGAAAUCUGAACUGUUUCUGCGUCUGCUAUCGAGUAUGGAAGGUGUGUGGCGGGAGCUCCACCCACUCAUCACCUCCUGUGUCUCUCACUCCCCUCAGGACAGACCCUCCAUGGACACUGUGCUACACCACAUCAAACAAUUGGACUCUGAGCCUUAGGACAUUUAGUCUAAAUCCCUGACGUCAGUCCAAAAGGGUUCAAGACAGUCCUGUCCUACAUUUACACUGGGCAAGUCAACAAGCUUCUACCCCUAGAGGAUACAUUAUCAAUGAUGAUCACUGCAGGCAAGUACAACCUUGAUCACUUGAAAUAUUUUUCUAAGCACAACAAAUGCAGCACAUAUUCUUGCUGUGGCUGAGAAUCUUUCCUGCUCCAAGCUGAAAUGUGAAGCUAUCAAGUUUAUCACACAAAGCAAUGAAAUGUGUGAGAAGUUAUGAAGACCGAGGGUUGGAAGGAAGUAUUAGAAUCUGGUGAACUAGUAGAGGACGUUUUGAGUUCAGUUAUUGACCCAAGCCCUAAAAGACGUAAACUAUCCUGACUAUAUUAUAUUAUACAGAGACCAUUGUCUGUUUG